GCCCCGGGCCUAUAAAACCUUCUCCUCCCCCCUUGUCACCUCCAAGCUCAUCAUCAUCAUCACAAGAACGAACACCGGCCAGGCACGCACGCACACGCGCACGCUCACGUCUCAUGCUCGCCAGCCACUGAUCGAUUAGCUAGACUAGGCGCCGGGCAUGGAGGACACGACCGCGACGCUGGCGACGGAGCUGGACGGGCUGCUGGCCAUGGCAAGGGAGCUGGAGGUGCGGGUGGACGGCGACCAGGGCGCGCCGGGCGCCGCCAGGGAGCUCUGCGCCGAGCUGGCCGCGUCCGUCGACCGGGCCGUGCGCCUCGCCGGGAGCGGCCCGCGCGGAGGCAAUGCCGGCGGCAGGGCGAGCGUGAACGGCCAGGUCAGGAGCGGCAGGAAGGCGGCGGCGGCGAGGGUGCAGGUCCGGGUGGCGUCGAUGCAGGACCUCGGGCCGCUCGACGACGGGCUCAGCUGGCGGAAGUACGGCCAGAAGGACAUCCUCGGCGCACCGCACCCGCGGGCCUACUUCCGGUGCACGCACCGGCACUCGCAGGGCUGCCAGGCCACCAAGCAGGUGCAGCGCGCCGCCGCCGACCCGCUGCUCUUCGACGUCGUGUACCACGGCGCGCACACCUGCGCCCAGGCCACCGCUGUCCUCGCCGGCACGGAUCAGCAGCCGCCUGCUUCCUUCGGCCAGGAACAGCAGCAGCAGCAGAGCUCGCCGGCUGUGGCGCCGGAAGGGAUUCAGUGGCCGGAAGAGCCCUUCAUGCCGCCCUCGUUUCCCUCCUCGCCGGCUGGCUGCUACACGCCGGGGAACUCCUGGUGCCAGCUUGCCGGCAACUACGGCUACGCUGCCGGCGGCGGCCUCGGGGCUGACAUGGAGUUCGACGAGCUGUUCUGGAAUAUGUAGUUUUCCUAACCGGAGUUUCAGAAGACUGUAGGCGCCGUGUCCACUAUCGUACUGUAUUCCCACUAGUACUUAGAUUCAGACUCGUGAUCAUUCAUCGCAAUGGAAGCUAUAUCUAGAAUAGAUAUAGCACCAUCACUAGUAGAACUGUAGUGGUUAUACACUGGCCGCUGGAAGAACACCAAAUUGAUCUACAAAAACUCUGAAGAGCAGCGGCUCCAUAACUCCAAUUUAUUAUGGAUUA